AUGAUAGAAGAAGAAGAUUUUAAGUAGUACUAAAGCCAUUUUCAAUAAGAUACUGAAUUUAAUAGUCUUCCUUAAUAUUUAUCUAAUUCUGGUGAGAUAAUUAAUGAAGAUAGUUAGGAACCAUUGAUAAAAAAAAAGAGCUUUGAUAAUGAACCAUAUAAUGCUCUAUAGAGCAAUUUAUGCUAAGAUUUUAACAUAAAUAUGAAUGAUUUAAUUUUUGAGAAAAUGAAAAGGAUAUAAUUAGGAACUUAUAGAUAGGAGGAUUUUAAAUAAAUUGAUGCUAUGGUUUAAUAAAAAAUGUAAAAAAAUAAUUAAGAUGCCUACUAAUUAGGUGUGAAAUUUUAAAAUAGUAAAGAUACUCCUAGCCUCAAUAGUAGUUCUAAAUUGGAAUGGAAUGAUAUAGAUUUAGUUAUAUAAGACGAUAAAAGUAAUUAGAGUGACUCUAAAUAUUAAAAUCAGCUUUAGUAGUAUUAAAAAUAAAAUUUUAAAAGUCAUCCUGUCACUCAUAUAUUUAUAAAAGAACUCUAGUCUACUAAUAUUUUUUACUUAAUGGGAAAUGUUAUCAUAGAUUUUAAAUCUGGAGUUUACUUUAACCAAAAUAUUUAAUCUAAUGACUUUUAUAAUUAAGCUGAAUAAGAAGAAUCUAGAGUAGUGAAUAGUGCAAUUAAAUAAAUUAUUCUUAUAGAGAAUAAUUUUAAAAACUAAGAAAUUUCUGUUCAUAUGCAAUUAAAUGUAAAGCCACUUGAAGAUUUUUCUUUUAUCACAAAAUUUGUUUAAGAAAAUUCAAACACAGAAAUAAGUAAACAAAUGGGUAUUUGCUUAGAAUUUUACUAAAAAUCUGUGGCUGGUUAAUAGAAAGAAUUUAUUAGAAGGGCAGUAUUAAGGGCAAAGGAACUGAACUAUGAUUUUGCAGAUUUACUAUAAGAAAGGUAAAAAAUUUUGAAAAUACAACACUAAGAUCUACUAAAUGAAUUUUAAUUAAACAACACGGGAUUCUACUGUGCUUCACAUUAUUGUGCAGAUUUCAAUUCUGAAGAUCUCACUCUUUAAAAUUUUUCAUAUAGCUAUCCUUUAAUAGCUCUACUUGGAUUAGAACCUAGCUAAUUUUAAAGUGGUGUUUCUAAAAAGGGUAUUUCUAUGUGGAUAUCUCCAUAUACAAGAUCUCUAAUUCAAAUUUCAGCAUUAAAAGACUGGUUUAGCAUACAGAAAGGAGAAAGAUUCUCUGUUGAUAAAAUAGAUCCAUUUUGCUUAAAAACAUUAGAUGAAAUGGUGGUUGUAACAAAAGCAAAAAAAAUAAGAAAAUUAGUAAGAUAUGAAGGACCUCUUUCUUAUAUAUUUGAAGGUAUAGCUGAUUCUGUAAACAUGAUUGUAUUAGAUGUAGAUCUAUUUACAAUCAAAAGAAUAAUAAGUAUGAGAAAAGAUUACAUUUUAAAUUAAAAAGCAGCAUAAUUUAUUGAUGAUUUUGAGUAUAAUAUUCAGUCUUAAAUAUUUUUAGAAAAAUACUAUUCUAAUCAGUAUGAUGAUUACAUAGCUGAAUAGCAAAAAAUAUAAAAAAUUAAUGAAAAAAAAUAAAUUGAUGACUCAAAAGUAUGCUCUUAUAGGUACAUAAAUUGA